ACACUAAGCCCCGCCCCAUCAUCCCCUGUCCAGCUGCGCUGUUUUGGUUUUGUUUUUCAGCGUUAGCUUCCUUCCGCUGAGGGUCGCCGCGCUUUCUCCAAAAGCGGCCGUGAAGCGAAUUCCUAACACGAACGCUGUUUCACCUCGAAGCUCGAAGAAGCGCCAGACGGAACUAGUUAUGUGCUUCAAACCAGCUUUCGCUGUAAAUUAGCUGCUUCACUUCUGCUUUUGCUGUCGGGCUCCUGUUAGUUCUGGAUGAAAAUACCGAGGAAUGGCAGACAUGGAGAGGAGAUGGGAUGCUUCCAGCUGUACCGACUGGAUGUCACAGCUGCCUCCACAGCUCCUGGAUGUUCCUCUGUGGGAUCUCGCCAUCCCUGGGAGUCAUGAUACCAUGACUUACUGCCUGGAUCAGCGUUCCUCAGUACUGCGUUCACAGCCCGGGAUCCUGAGAGUGCUGGACCACGUCGCGCCCUGUAUCAUUCGGCCUUGUGUGAACAAGUGGGGCACCACUCAGGAGCUGGUCAUUUCCACCCAACUGGAUUCAGGAAUUCGAUUCCUUGACCUCAGGAUUGCCCACAAGACGAACGAUUCUGAUCAAACCUUUUACUUCGCCCAUGGGAUAUACUCUUUGGUUACUGUAAAGGAGGCGCUCACUGCUAUUGCCUAUUGGUUAGAGCAGCAUGCUAAGGAGGUGGUCAUCAUUGCUCUUUCUGCUUUUGAUGAUGUGAACCCUGCCCAGCACAGUAAACUCAUUGACUUCCUGAAAAGCCUCUUUGAUAAGAAGUUCUGUCCCCAAACAGAAGUACCCACACUGAAAGCAUGCUGGACUCGAGGCUAUCAGGUUAUUCUCUCGUACGACGACUCAGCUGGGAGUGGUCAUAUGGAGCUGUGGCCAGGGUGGGAUUACUGGUGGGCCAAUGAGUCCGACCCAAAUCUGGUUAUAUCAUACCUGGAGAAAAAAAAAGACACAGUGGGUAGACCGGCUAUUUUCUUCGUGGCUGGUCUGAACCUCACUGAAGACACCAAGUAUGUCCUUCGCCAUCUCUGCCAGUCUAUGAAGAGCAUGACCCUCAGGGCCUAUGGUCAGCUGCUGGACUGGGUCAAACAGCAGCGCCCUGGCCGCCAGAAAACAUGCCUCAAUGUCAUCUGUGCAGACUUUGUUGGGAUUUCAAGAAAUGAAUUCACUCAGCUGGUUAUUGCACUUAAUACAAAACUCUUAAAAGAGAAGUCCUCAGGGGAACCUACAGAAAAAAACACAGUGCUGGAUUGACAUCCAGACUGCUGGAUAAAGUUCAGGUUGAGAUGAACACUGUAGGAGUUUGUUCAACUCUGGGGAUUUUGCUGUGUGCUGUAAUUAGAUGGCUAAGAAAAGUAAAAUGACAUACUGUCCCCUAUGUGAGUGUGCAGGUGUGUGCAGGUGUGAGCAAAACCGCAUGAAAGACAUGCAAAGCAUGCAUGUACUUUCAGAAUGCACCAGCCAGUUUAUGAGCUUGCACAGGUUGUACAGCAUACAGCUUGCUAAAGUGAAACCCCACUGAUUUUUCCAAAUUUGUGCGUAAUUAUGUGAAAAAGAUGUAAACAAAGUUAUUCAGAGAGUUUUUGUGAAAAGCUUUGUCUUAGAGAAACUUACUAAGUCAAAAUGGUUCACAGUGGUGGUGACAGGAACCAGAAGUUUGAGGAGUUUAAUGCCUCUAAAAGCGAGAUCGCACAAAGUUUUUAGAUGAAUAUGCUGGCUAAAACAUUGUUUUACAAUCGUUUUGAGAUAUGCUUUAGGCUGAAGCAUACAAAAUUUUGACACUGCCAGACAAAUGACACACUUUGUCUAUUUUGUGGAAAUAAGUUAAUAAACACAUUCUCUACAGGAACCAUAGCUAAAUAUGACAUUUUCCUGGAAAGCUUAGUGCACACGUUCUGUUUAUUUACUAAGAUUAACUUGUUAAAUAAACCCUUCAGUAUAAAAUGUGCAUACAUUUUUUGCACAGGCCACAUUUUAUGCAACCCCCCCCUCUAUAUUUUAAAUUCAGCAAAUAACAGUAAUUGUGUAUUAAAAUGUGCAGAAGAGAACAGAAUUCUCUGUUAUUUUGGUUUAGAAAACCAACGUUAUUUUUUUAAAAGCCAGUCAAUUUGGAGAGAUGCAUGCAGGCUGUUGUAAAGCACUGUAAGAAGAACAUGCAUCACUAAUUUAUCAUUAUCAACAUUACAUAUAAAAAUCGUUCGGUUUCGAAAGCACAGUGUGUUGGCGACAUCUAGAGGUGAUGAUGAGGUCAUGAAUGUAUGUGCACAUUUCCACACUGUAGCCCAUCCAGUUUGUCAGCUGCCUUACACUGCACUCAUCAUCGAUCUGUUACAGUCUGCACGAUUGCCGUUGAGCAGAUAUUAUUUGAAUGGGUGACCACCCUCAGCACAACAGUGACACUGACAUGGCAUGGUGACAAAGGCUGAAUCACACAGCAGCGUCGGUGGGUUAUUUGAGUGUGGUCCACCAUCCAAAAAUAUCCGGUCAAGAACGGAUCCAUGGUCAGAUAUUGAGGAUGUUUAGAGGAUGGCUAAUAGAAUCAACUGAUGGACUGCAGAUUGUAACUGUACACCAGUAAGGUGGAGCUACAAGGUGGGCCUUUCUGACAACGUGAGUGUGUUUAUAGAGAAUAUACUCAGCCAGUUAAAGUGAGUAAAAUUAAUAAUAAUAAUAUUCUUUUUUUUUUGUAAAUUACUUUUUAUUGGGAAAUUCUGUUCGAGACAAAGGAAAUACAGUGACAUUCAAACAUUCAUAUAUCUUAAAUAGUGAUCACACAAAACAAAUUAGAUAAAUAGACAACUAAAGCAAAUACAAAUCUUAUCAAGAAUUAAACUUCCAUGAGAUCACAUUUUUUCCCACAAAGUAACCUUAAAGUCACUGAUUUGUCCCUAAACUUAGUUCCCCUUUUAAUAAUUUAUUAUUAUUUAUUUAACAAUUUCUUUGCUAUUUAUUUAUUUUGAGGUAAAAAUUAUUUACAUAAAGAUGGGGAAGCUUACUCUUUAGUAAAAAGAGGAGAGAAGGACAGGAGGUCAUGAGUUCUACAAAAAGUCUGGUCGCUGGGGUCUUAUAUAUGCUAGCCAUCUAGACCAGAUCCGAUAAAAUUUCUCUGCUUGAAUUCUUAGAGAAUAUGUGAGUUUCUCCAUAAUAAAAAUGUCAUAAACGACAUCGUACCACUCUUGAAUUUGGGGAGGCUCAGAGGACAACCAUUUUCGAGUGAUUGCUUUUUUACUUGCGGCUAACAAGGCACUCAGUAGUUUUUUAUCACUUUGACACAUAUCCAAAGAAAGAUUUCCCAAAUAGAGAAAAGUAAAGUCAAAAGGUAUGUUUAGUUGGAAUAUCUUACAGACGGCCUGAUGGAUAUCCCUCAGUACAUUCCCAAUAAAUAUGGAAAUGGUUUGCGCCAUCCGAGCCACACAUUCUCCAACAGCUAGACCCUGAGCCCUGGUGCCGUUUCUGCACAGGGGUAAUAAAAAAUCUAAGAAUAUUUUUCCAACAAAAUUCUUUCCAUAGUAGAGAACUUGUUGUUGCCCACUGAUAUUUACAUAUUUCCCCCCAGUCAUCCUCAGAUAGUGACACAUUCCCCUCUUUUCCCCAUUUUUCUUUAAUAUAUAAUGUUUUAUUGUCUUUGAGAAUGUUAAUCUCUUUAGAAAGCCUUGAAAUGAGUUUAGGACAUGAGCCUGUUUUAGUAGUGGCCCCAAUAAUUUUAAGAAUUCCUGUCUCAUGGGCUUGUGGGUUUACAUGUCUAGACAAUUCGUUAAAAUAGGAUCGUACUUGAAAAUAUCUAUAAAGAUCCUUCUGUUCCAGUCCGUAUAUUUCUUUUAGAGAUUCAAAUGAUUGAAAUACCCCCUUUUGUAAAAAGGUCAAAUAUGUUGUUAGACCCCUCUUGGCCCACCUUUUAAAAGUAUUAUCUUCUUUGUUAGGGGAGAAGUCACUAUCAUAGGCACACCAUCUCAACAAUUUUACAGAAUCAUGUAUCCCACUCAAUGUAAUUAUCUUUUCCCAAAUCUUCAUAGUUAGGUUAAUCCAUGGAUUCUCCAUGUCCAAAAGAUGUUUCAUUAAUGUUCUAUCGGCUAUCAUUGCUUCCAAGGGAAAAUUUGCUGCCAUUGCAUUAUCAAUUUCCUUCCAUCUUGCUGUGUAAUAUUUAUUGCACCAGCAUAUUAAAGGUCUUAUCUGGGAGGCAUAAAAAUAAACACGAAGGCAAGGGAGGGCAAUUCCUCCAUUCUCCUUUCCCUGUUGUAAUGUGGUAUAUUUUAAUAAUAAUAUUCUAAUAAAACAACAGGCCUGAAAUGCUUCAGUAUUCUUUCUGGUUCUGGGUCAGUUAGUGUCUGUGUGUGAAAUGGCAUGGUGGGAUCUAAUUUUAGACAGCCCCUCUCUUUACACUCUAUAAGGUGCUUACUGUGUCUACUUAAGUGAUAAUCCAGAUCACCUGUGCCUUCCAUGCGUGUGGCUUUGUAUUUGGUAAAUAAACAUGAGGCCUUUUAUGUUACUGUCUCUAUGCUUAGUUUUAUGUGUUUACAUUUGGAUUUGAUUUGAUGUUUUUAAGGAUUUCCAUGUUGUUCGAAGGUCCUUUAUAUACACUUUAUAUUUUAUUCACUAUUGACUCAUGUAUGGCGUUCUUGGUUGACGUGAAAAGCACUUAUAAAUAAAAUUCUAUUGCUAUU